AUCUCAAGGUUGCGGGUUCGACCCCCGCAUCGGGCUGUUCCUAUAAUUCGAUUGCGAGCGUUUGCAAGGCUUUCUUUUUUGCAAGUUUCCGUAAAGUUGCGCUGGGAAGUUCUCUCAUUGCUGGGAUUUCCGAAGGUUCUGAAACGUCGCUGAACCAGUCGAAGUUGAGUGAGGACUGCACGGCCCCACUCUUCAGCCAGAUUUUCCGCUCUUUGACGUCACAUUCGCUGUUAUUGUUGCCUGCAACACCACAUGUAAUCUGUAAGCCCCUCUUGGUGAUGCCUUCAAGAACCUCCAUCACUGCAUAUCAAUCGUCAAAAUGCCCUCCAACGGCUCGUAUCAGAACUCAAACCAUCCUCAUGUAGGACCUUGGACAGGCCCAAUCCAUCGGCCGUGGCUGUACCUCAAGAGGGCCGGCGUUGCCGCGUCGUAUCCUUUACGUGGCAUCUGGUUCUUCAUUCAAAACCGUGAGUUCUGGCCACUCCUGCUGGGAAGGAUCCUGCCAAUAUCUUUAAUCUCGUUCUUGGUGUACCUUUUACUCUUCACGUUUGCCUUCUUGCCCCAGUAUGCUUUCUUAGCGAUCUUCCAUGGCUGGGGCGCGUGGGUCAAUGCUGUGGUACUGGUACUAGGCGAAGGAUUGGUCAUCAUCCAGGGUCUGUUCGAGGGCUUCUUCGUUGAUGAAUGUCGAGUGGAUGUAUUUGAUGCGGCCCUCAUCAAGCUUGGACAUAGGGAUCUUGUUGCACCACAGCGAAUCCUGUUCUUAGACGCACCGAACCCGGUCAGAAUGCUCGGAAAGCCCACUACUGCUGCCAUCUACACUCCAUGGAGCAUCGUCCAGAUUGUUGAGCUCAUUGUCUUCCUGCCGCUCAACCUUGUUCCAGUUAUUGGCACGCCUGCCUUUAUCAUCAUCACUGGAACUCGACUCGGCAAGCUCGCUCAUUAUCGCUGGUUCCAGAUCAAGGGUUUCUCAAAGGUUGAGCAGAAGAAGGCAUUGAGGGAUCGCGCCUGGGAGUAUGUUUGGUUCGGCACAGUCGCCAUGAUUCUUGAACUCAUCCCUGUCUUGUCGCUCUUCUUUCUCCUGACAACUACAGCUGGUGCAGCUCAGUGGACGGCUCGGAUCGAGGAGGAGAGUAGGAGCCCUGCUGAGAAUACUGCUGCGAACGGUCAGACGUACCAAGAUGAUGCCCACGAGGACCCUCACCCCGAUGCACCUCCCCCUUACACUGAUUAUUCCGAUGAUGUAGUAUGAGCCAAGGAUAAUGAAUUACCAUGAUAUGAGU